GGUUUCUUCCCAGCCCACAAACAGACUUCAGAGGGGGGAGAGAGCCAGUGAGCAAGCAAACCUGAGCAAACACUGAGUUCUGCAGCUGGCAAUUUGUAAAGCUCCGAGGAUGAAUGGGCUUUAUCUUAAAGAUGGCCAGGUUUCCUAUACAUCUGACCUCAGGAAACCUCCAGUGGAGAAGGUUAAUAUUUGGCCACACUGCCACAGAUUUGGAGUUGCCAUCUCGUCCCCAGACUUCCUUUUUUGCCUCUUUGUCUCCUUGCUAUGUCAAGCAGGCAUGCUUUGGGGGCACCCCCAGUGCCUGGACUAUGGACCCCCUUUCCAGCCUCCUUUCCACCUGGAGUUCUGCACUGCCUAUGAGACCUUUGGCUGCUGUGACCAGGAGAAGGACAACAGCAUUGGAGCUAAAUACUGGGAGAUCAUGGAUUACAUUGAUCCCCAGGGCCACAAGCUGUGUGGAGGCUAUAUCAAGGAUAUCCUGUGUCAGGUAUGCUCCCCAUAUGCUGCCCAUCUUUAUGAUGCAGAAAACCUCCAGACACCUCUUAGGAACCUGCCAGGUCUUUGCUUUGAUUAUUGCUCUGAGUUCCAUUUCUAUUGCCGCUCUGCUAUUACACUACUGACUAAUGAUAAACAUAUUCAGGAGUGCUGCGAGAAGAACAAGACCCGCUUUUGUAACCUCCUUAACAUACAGGACCAAGACUACUGCUACCCUGAUGUGCUGAAAAACACAGACCUCAAUCGCAAUCUGGGGUCAGUAGUGGAGGACCCAAAGGGCUGCCUUCAGCUGUGCUUGACAGAGGUGGCUAAUGGAUUGCGGAAUCCAGUCCUGAUGCUCCAUGCCAAUGACAACACGCACCGCAUGUUCGUGGCAGAACAGGUGGGGAUCAUCUGGGUCUACUUGCCUGAUGGAAGCCGACUGGAGGAGCCCUUUUUAGAUAUUAAGAAAAUAGUGCUGGCUACCCCAUGGAUAGGGGAUGAGAGAGGUUUUCUUGGGAUGGCUUUUCACCCCAAGCACAAACACAACAGGAAAUUUUACAUCUAUUAUUCGUACAUGGAUAAGAAGAAAGUGGAGAAGAUCCGAAUCAGUGAAUUCAAAGUUUUAGCAUCUGAUAUUAACAAAGCUAAUCCACACUCAGAAAGGAGUCUUUUGGAGCUUGAAGAACCAGCUGCAAAUCAUAACGGGGGGCAGCUCCUCUUUGGCCUGGAUGGCUAUAUGUAUCUGUUCACCGGGGAUGGAGGGAAAGCUGGGGACCCUUUUGGAAAAUUUGGGAAUGCUCAGAACAAGAGUACUUUACUAGGAAAAGUGUUACGGAUAGAUGUGAAUGGGAAAAGCCCAGAUGGAAAGCCAUAUCGCAUCCCACCAGAUAACCCCUUUGUCUCUGACCCCAAGGCUCUUCCUGAAAUCUAUGCCUAUGGGGUCAGGAAUAUGUGGCGCUGUGCUGUUGACAGAGGGGACCCGGUUACUCAUAAGGGACGAGGGAGAAUAUUCUGUGGUGAUGUUGGACAGAACAGGUUUGAAGAAGUUGACAUCAUUGUUAAAGGAGGGAACUAUGGCUGGAGAGCUAAGGAGGGAUUUGAAUGUUAUGACACAAAGCUUUGCCACAAUUCCUCCUUAGAUGACAUUCUUCCAAUAUUUGCCUAUGGCCACACUGUGGGGAAGUCAGUCACUGGAGGAUACGUGUACAGGGGCUGUGAAUCCCCGAACCUGAAUGGCCUCUACAUUUUUGGUGAUUUCAUGAGUGGUCGCCUUAUGGCUUUGCAGGAAGAUGAGAGGAGAAAUAAAUGGAAGAAGCAAGAUAUUUGCAUUGGUAGCACUAAAGUCUGUGCUUUCCCUGGACUGAUCAGCUCUUAUAACAAAUAUAUCAUCUCCUUUGCUGAAGAUGAGGCAGGGGAGCUUUAUUUUAUGGCUACUUCUUAUCCCAGUGCCUAUGCACCACAUGGAUCUAUCUACAAAUUUGUUGAUCCUGCAAGGAGAGCGCCACCAGGGAAGUGUAAACACAAGCCUAUUUCUUUGAAAACAAAGAGUAAACGUAUCCCAUUUGUUCCGCUGGCAAAGACUGUCCUUGAGCUGCUUAAUGACCCUGCAACAACCAAACCUCCCACCACAUCCCCUAUCUCCACUGGAGCCACCCAAACAACCUCUUCCAAAAAAGCCAAGAAGCCAGGUUCCCCCAAAAGCUCCACCAAGCUGUCAGCAGUGAAGCCAACCAUGGCUGGCAAAAAGAGGCAGGCCAAAGGAUCCAGGAUUAAACUAGAUCCACCAGAGGAGACAACAAAGGCUCCAAAGGUAUAUAUAGCAUCACCUGUGACAUCUUUGCCAGCCAAGAGAUAUUCCCAGAUAACUGGACCCAAGAAGAAACUUCUUCCUAAGAAAACUGUAUCAGCCAGGGAGAAAAAACAGAAGAAAAAAGGGUCAGUUCUAAGAAGCUUCCUGCAAACACAAGAGAACUUCCAAUGAGCCAGAAAGAAAACCAGUGCUUGAUUAAAAAAAGCCAAUUUGUCAUAUGAAUUGAAGUUUUCCAACAUGGACUCAUUCGAAGGAUCAGACCUGUGUCCAGUUUGUGUCCAAAACACGUUCAUAAGAUUAUGUGGGGGGAAAAUUCAGUCUUGGUGAAUGUGUACUACUUCAUGAGUUUUAACGCAAGUGGACUAUAUGUCCUAUUGUGACUUUAACUGCAUCAGGGUUUUCCUAGCCUCAUAAAUUUAAUAUUCUGAGCCAAUCCUGCUUUGAAGGCCAUCUCCUGACUAGUAGUUACUCAAAGCCUUCACUAACUUCAGUUCCACGGGUACAAUGAGAGAGGUAUUUGGAUUGCCUAAAUAAGGAGUGCAAGAAUAGUCUGCAGGAGACUAUCGGUGGGCUUAAGUGCUUAUGAGGGAGUUCAUAUUUUAAUCACAGUAUAUGAAAUAAAUACAGUGAAGUCGUCUGGGUUUUUUUUUGUAUUUUAUCAUUCUUUGCCACUGAAUUUAUAUCAAGCUAUAUUUUAAAACUAAUUG